AUGUCUACUCACGUUACAUUAGUUACUGGUGCUUCUAAAGGAAUUGGUAAAGCAAUCGUUGAUAUACUUUUACAACAUCAAAAUUCAAAAGUUGUAGCAAUUGCAAGAUCAAAAGAAUUACUUGAAACAUUACAAUCAAAAUAUGGAAGUGAGAAUUUUCAAUUUAUUGCAGGAGAUGUAACUGAUUCAAAUAUUAGUCAAAGUGCUAUAGACUUAGCAACUACAAAAUUUGGACAAUUAAAUUCAAUUAUAGCAAAUGCAGGAAUUAUUGAACCUGUUGGUCCUAUACAAGAUAUAUCAAUUGAAGAAUGGAAAAAAUUAUAUGAUCUAAAUUUUUUUAGUAUAGUUCAAUUAAUUCAACAAAGUUUAUCAGAAUUAAAAAGAACUGGAGGUAAUAUUAUAGCAGUUAGUUCUGGUGCAGCAAAUUCAGCAUAUAGUGGAUGGUAUGCAUAUGGAUCAUCAAAAGCAGCAUUAAAUCAUCUAAUUAAAUCUUUAGCAGCAGAAGAAAAAUUAAUAAAAGCAAUAUCUAUUGCUCCUGGAGUUGUAAAUACUGAUAUGCAAGAAUUAAUUAGAAAUUUUGGAUCAAAAAUGAAUGAAGAAAGUUUAAAAAAAUUUAUAAAUUUACAUAAAGAUGGAAAAUUAGUUGAACCAGAAAUUUGUGGAAAAGUUUAUGCUAAUUUAGCUUUAAAAGGUUGGUCUGAUGAUUUAAAUGGUGAAUUUAUUAGAUUUGAUGAUGCAAAAUUGAAAGAUUAUCAAUAG